AUGCGGGAAUCGCUGUGGCUCGUUAUUUUAGAGACACGAUGGGGCCAAGGACUCAGCGCCGCCUAUUUUCCAAAGGAAAAUGUCAUUCCUUUUAGUAGGAUCCAAUAUACUGGCGGCCCGAUCUACUGUCUCGCUGUCCUCGGCUUCAAAGUCGCCUUGUUGGCCUCCUACCUACGCAUUGCGGGGAUAAUCAAGCGAUAUCGAAAAAUCAUCAUUGGCGCCAUCGUUCACAAAUUGAUUGGGGAAAACAGGGUCUCUGACAUCGAACAGGUCGCUAAACAAUGGGAUACAUCUAUUGCGGGGCAUUGUAUCCAUACAAUCCCAUUCUACUUUGCCCUUGGAGGCACAAGCAUCGUGUUAGACCUGAUAGUCAUAGCACUACCUCUGCCAGUUCUUUGGAAACUCCAGCUCCACCCCAAACAAAAAGCGCUCUUGGUUUGUCUAUUUGCUCUCGGCUUCUUCGUGACUGUGAUCCAGAUCAUCCGCAUCCACACUGUCUGGGACUUGAAAACCUACACCGACAGCAAGAAUAUCGUGAUCUGGUCUUGUGUGGAGAUCAGCUUGGGAGUUAUCAUCGCCUGUGUUCCCACAUACGGGCCUCUGUUUAAAUCCUUCGCUUCCAAUUUAAACUCGUACCGAAAUCGUGAGACUUCGCGUGGUUAUGCACUUGAUUCUGUUCGCCAAAGCACGGGGGCAAGAACCGGGCUUGGGCGCAGCAAGAGCGAUUUCGAGCCUAUGGAUGACUCCGAGGGGCAGCAGAGUACUGAUAUUCGAUAUGGGGCGCAAACGAAUGAUGGGAGCAGUGAGGAGCAUAUAUUAUCGGAAAUGGAAAACUUGAAAGUGUAUGUGACUUCGGAGUUCACAGCUAAGUCUGGCGCUGCCCGUUGA